AUGAUUAGUUUUUAAUAAGUGAUAAAUUUUAGAGAAAUUCUACUCUGUUCAACUUUAAGUGAGAGAGCAGUUAAAAUAGAGUUUUAAUAAUAUGUAAAAUCAAUAUCAAUAUAUAUAAGCCAGGACCUCAUUUAUAAACAAUGUUAAAAUUAUUGCAAUUAAUCUAAACUGGAUGUAAGAUUGAUGUUAAUACAAAAGGAAUAAUUUAUAUACCAGGUUUAAUAUUAAAUUAAUAAUAGGUAUUAUAACUAAUUAAGAUGGUAUGUUACAAACUUAUAAUUGUGGUGUUGAAAGAUCUAUAUCAUAUUAUUUAGAAAUAUUAUUGAUUCUGAGUUUAUUUGGCAAAGCACCUCUUAAUAUAGAAUUAAAUGGUAUAACAAAUGAUUAAACUGAUUAAUCUGUUGAUUCCAUAAUUAAUGCAUAUAUACCUUUAAUAAAGAAAUUCUGUCCCGAUUGGGAUGUCUCUUUAAAAGUAACUAGAAGGGGAUUUUUAGCAGGAACUGGUACUAUAAUGUAUUAUUCAAUUAUUAUAUUUAUAGUUUGCAUUCUAAACCAAUAAAAUAGAUAUAAGCAACAACUAUUAUUGAGAGAGGACCUAUAUGUAAAAUUAGAGGUGUUUGUUCAGGAAGUAAAGUGGCACCUAAUCUUUUGAAUCGUGUUGUAAGUUAAUGUAGAAAUGUAUUCAAUGAUUAUAUUCCUGAUGUUUGGAUUCACACUGAUUUAUAAAAAUCAUAAAAAGGGAUAGAAUUUCAAAAUGGAUAUGCUGUAUCAUUAGUAGCAGAAAGUACUAAUGGAUUAUUUAUUUCAUGUGAUUGUGAAUAUUCAAAUGAUCUUAAUAAUCCAGAGAAAGUUGGAGAAACUGCUGCAUUAAGAUUAUUAGAUGAAAUUAAAAAUUGUGGAUGUUUUGAUACUACUUAAUAAUAAUUUGCAUUAUUAAUGAUGGCAAUUAGUUAAAGAAAAGUGAGUCAAAUUAAAUUAGGUAGAAUUUCCACCCACACUAUUGAAACUCUAAGGAUUAUUAGAUCAAUAUUUGGUGUCACUUUCAAUAUAGAAGAUUCAGUAUUUUCUUGUAUUGGUUGUGGAUUAAUGAAUUUGUCUAGAUAAACACAAUGA